UUUCCUAGAAACAAGCUUAAAGUAUGUCAUCUUGUAUUAAUCAAGAAAUUUCUCAAAAUUAAAAAUAAAUACACAUAAAUAUGAAAAAGGCCAGCAAAAAAACUGUAUCUGAAAAUACGAUUGGUAAACUUGAAGCUGAAAAGGAUGAAUUGAAGCAAAAACCACCCAGCCAUCCUAAUUUAACUCAAAAAGAAAUAAUCUUAAAUCAACUUCUUCAGAGCCUAUCAAGACAUAUAGCAACAAACUUUAUAGCUAAAAAUUCAUUUGUAAAAUUGCAAUUUCGUAAUUCAAAUUCUUAUUUUGGAUGGCUUAGCUCAAAUGGAUUGAAUGGAUUCGGAACUUACUCUUUUAAAAGUGGUGCAUACUUUAAAGGUACUUUUGAAGAAAGUAUAUCGAAAGGGAUAGGAAGUUUAACUUAUACUAAUGGCGACAAUUACGAGGGUGAAUUUUUGGCUGGUCUCCCACAUGGAUAUGGUCACUAUAAGUCUGAGCGGUUUAAGUAUACCGGUUAUUUUAAGAAUGGGAAGUUUCAUGGAAACGGAAAUCUAAAGACAUAUGCAGAAGAGAUCGAGGGAUUAUUUCACAUGGGAAAAAUUCAGAGUGGAAAAGCUCGCGAUCAAAGUGGGACCUUCAAUGGAACAUUUGACAAAUUGGCAAUGAGACAAAAUGGAAUAUUUACAUUUAAAAAUGGAAACACUUACAACGGAUCUUGGACUAAUAAUCAAUAUAUGGGGUUUGGUGAGUACAAAUGGAAAGAAGAAGAACAAAGUUCUAUAGAAAUGAAAACAAAAUACGUUGGGUACUGGUGGAGUGGCAAACAGCAUGGUUUGGGUAUGCUUAAGUUUAAUUUGAGAAGUUUAAUCUGCCAGUGGUCAAGUGGAAGGAAAAAUGGAGCAGGAAUUAUUAUAUCCUGUACCGGAAGUUGCUAUGUUAGUGAAAACUUAUUUGUUUACGAUCAGUACAAAGAAUCUUACUGCAUCAGAAAUUGCCAAGAAACUCGGGAUACAGUUUUAGAAGCCUUUAAUAUUUUAACUUUGACUUCAAAAUACGAAUCUAUGAAGGAAAAAAUUAAUGUGUUCUUAGGUAUUGUCAAAAGCCUCCUAGAAGAAUAUUCCAUUUGUCCUUCUCCUAUUAAUCCGCUUCGUAUUUCCGAUUAUGAUGUAUUACCUAAAGAAUCGCUUUCAUCAUCUCUGGAAUCAAGACACUUGCAGCAGGUUCUUGUUGAAAAUUAUACAAUAUUUAAGAACCUCUACCAAAAAUAUACUCAACCAAUAGAUGAAUGCAUGAACGAUUUUGGUUUAAAUCUUUUUUACAUGGACGUCUUUUACAAGGUCCGAGAUUUAAAUGUUCUCGAGUGUUUGGAUGCUGGUCAGAGUUCAAUACGACAGUCUCUCUUUCAAUCGGCCGAAAACAAUGUUGACAAUCAUAUCAUAUGUGUGCCAUUUUAUCAGUUUUUUCAACAUUUUAUUCAUGUUACAGAAGUUCUGAUGGAAAAUGAAGAAUUGAAAUCGAAAGCUAAUGAAAUGAGACCAACUUUUUUUGGGCACCUAGCUACUAGGGUCCUUUUUGUGCUAAAAAUGUUGGAAACCAAUACCACUCCACUAUUUCUUGUGAGAGAGGGGAUUUGUCUUAAUUUUAACAAAAUUGUCAAAUUAUCACAAUUGCUGACUAAAAUGUUUCCUGGCAAAAACAGCAUAAGAGCAGCUUAUCAGUUUUUGAAGCACAAAAAAGCUGUAGAAGGAAAAAGUUCUGUAUUUGUAGAUACAGUCAAUACAUUUUUUUGUGUCGAUAGCGAAUGCUUUGAUUUAUUUGAUGAUUGUUAUAAAUUAAGCCCAUUAGAGCUUAUCGAAAUUAUUCUUCGUACAUGUCAAUAUAAAUUAAAACAGAACCUUCUUUGUUCUUAAGAAUAUACGAAUGGUAAUAUUCUUUACGAAAAAUAUAACAGACAAAAAUGUAAUAAUUUGAAUAAUUUUUAUUUCUAAUAAAAAAGAUUUAAA